UAUAGUACAACUCUGCCUCGCUGCUAGUCAGUCUGAACGGUGCUGCAUGGUAAGUCUCAAGGGCAAACCAUGCAUUAGAGAGAGAUUCCCCAUCGAAUGCAAAGGAAAAGUAAAUGCAUUGGAAUUAAACAGGGAUUUGUACAUGCUCGACAGAAUAAGAUAUACAGUGUCUGAGCUGGAAACCUUUUUCUACCCAAGCUUAUUUUUUAUCUUGAGAGAGAGCAACAGGUGUUCUCUAUCUCUCUGCGAAGCACGACCUUGCUGUGGUGACCUGUUCGUGGGUUUAUUUGGUCCCAGUUUCCCAACAACAAGAGGAAUAACCCUAACAAACUGCUGUAUCAGCAAGACAAUUUUCAACACAAAGUGGGAGACAUUCUCUUGGCCCCUAGCCAGGAAUGGUGGAUAACUUCCUAGUGAGCGGUGAGGACACUUUUUUACCGUACGGUGGCUCCCCACCGGCAUAUCGCCUGUCGGACAUGGUGACUGAUGGGGGGACCUACCAGGUGAUGCCCUCGCCCUUCUCCGAGGAUGACCUGAGCGAGUCGUCCAGCCCUCGCUCCUGCUCCAGCCCCGACUCCCAAGUGCUCAGCUCCAGCUAUGGCAGCAGCUCCAGUGCCGAGAGCUCAGACAGCAUCCUGGACCUCCUGCUGUCCCAGACCUCCCUAGGCGGGGCAGGGAACGGUGCGACCAUCCCCAUGUCACUGCCCACCUUUCUGUGGGACUCACGGAGGGAUGCGCCAUCCCACCCCCACCCAGAGGCUUUGAAGGAGGAGAGCGUGGACUUUCCGGUCUGGUCCUUAGUGGACAUGGAGGAGCCGUCCUUCCAGCCCACCUUAGAGGAGAUAGAGGAGUUCCUGGAGGAGAACAUGGAGGUGGUGUCGUCCAUGAAGCAGGAGGCCCGGGAGGGGGCGUUGGGGCUGGGCCUGGAGGAGAUCUUGGGGCUGGGGGUGGGACUGGAGGUGUACAGGGAGUCCUCAUCCCCAGGGCCAAGGCCGGAGCCAGAGGCCAAGCAUUCAGACCAAACUGUGCCGACCGCGAAUGCCGCCACCAUCACCGAUACCAAAAGCACACCAGCCACAUCAUCACAGGAGUACAACGAAGGCCCGCACGACAACGGGUUCAAGAGUGGUUCAUUAUCCAGCAGGCCAGGUUCAACACAGAGCGGUGCAAAUGGUGGCAGCGCUGGGAUGCCGGUCAUCCUGCAGCUCCAGCCCAUUCAGAUCAAACAGGAACCUGGUUCCACGGUUACUCCUCCUCCUCCCCCAGUCGUCCAGCCUCCUCCUCAGCUGGCAUCAGACAUCAAAAUUGCCCAGCUGCUGGUCAACAUCCAGGGGCAUACCUUCGCCCUGGUGCCCCAGCUGCUUCCCUCCACCAGCCUCAACAUCUCCUCUAAGUUUGUGCGCAUCGCACCGGUGCCCAUCGCGGCCAAACCUCUGGGCCUCGGGGAGGUGGCGGUCGGGGGCCAGGGCCAUGGGCUGCUGGUGGGGGGUCAGAAGUUCCAGAAGAACCCGGUGGCGGACCUAAUCAAAAUGCACAAAUGCACUUUCUCUGGCUGCACCAAGAUGUACACAAAGAGCAGCCACCUGAAGGCCCACCUGAGGAGACACACGGGGGAGAAGCCCUUUGCCUGCACCUGGCCGGGCUGUGGAUGGAGAUUCUCACGGUCGGAUGAGCUGUCGCGGCACCGGCGGUCCCACUCAGGGGUCAAACCCUACCAGUGUCCCGUGUGUGAGAAGAAAUUUGCCCGCAGUGACCAUCUGUCAAAACACAUCAAAGUCCAUCGCUUUCCACGAAGCCGGACACUGCGCACAGCAAACUGACCCCAUCUGGAUCACUCUUCAAUGGACAUAGGCCAAGGGAGCACAGAGAGUGUGUGUGAGAUGGAAUUUGUGUGAAUGUGGAUGUGUGUGAGAGUGUUGUAUGAGAGAGAGAGAGAGA